GUUUGCCGCCUGAAAGGAUACAGGAAGGAGAGGCGAAAAACUUAUCUCAAUUCUCACUGCUUCCUUACAACUGGCGACUAAGUGGACCAAAAACCUCCAAAAACCUCAGUUGGCUGGGCUACGGGGUCCUUGCUAUCCUUCCUGGGCUUCUGUACCCGGCCGGAACUUUAGUGUUCUGACGCCUUGUUUGGCAUCGGAAGGGAAAAGCAGAUGGACCUAUACGGGUAAAGUGGCUUCUGGGCGGAAGCCACACUAUAGGCUCAGGGAGGUAAGCGGUGGCAGGCCGGCGGCUGGUGUGUCCCGAGUGUGGGGCGACAGAGCCCUGGCACUUGAAGGUUGAGGGGGCCUCCCCAGCGCGGCGAAUGUCUGGCCUCCGGAGGCCAGGCCGUGAGUGCGGGAGGUAAACGCCAAGGCAGAAGAGUUUUGCCACUCACUACCUGUGUGACCUCGGGUAAAUUAGUCUUGGAACGUCAGUUUCCUCGUCUCCAUAAUUGUAGUAAUAAUGGUACCUCUCUCAGGAUUGUUGUGAGCCGUCAGUGAAACACUUAGAGCAGUUUCUGGCACAUGGUAGAAUUGGGUUAUUUGCUGAAGCUUCUUGGUGGCCCUUGCUAGCCCAGGAAGAAACUUACAUUUUGAUUUUUUUGUACCAUGGCUUUGGUUCACAAAUUGCUGCGUGGUACUUAUAUUCUCAGAAAAUUCUCUAAGCCAGCUUCUGCCUUGUAUCCAUUUUUGGGUAUUCGCUUUGCAGAGUAUUCCAGUAGUCUUCAGAAACCACUGGCUUCUCCUGGCAAAGCCUCCUCACAGAGGAACUGAAGGGGAUUUGCAAGGAGAUCACCAGAAAGAAGUUGCUUUGGAUAUAACUUCUCCUGAGGAGAAGCCUGAUGUUAGUUUCGAUAAAGCAAUUAGAGAUGAAGCAAUGUACCAUUUUAGGCAUUUGAAGGAUGAAAUUGUGGAUCAUUGGAGAGGACCGGAAGGCCGCCCUCUGCAUGAGGUCUUGCUGGAACAAGCCAAGGUUGUCUGGCAGUUCCGGGGGAUAAGUGGACAGUGACUUCUGAUGAGACGACUGGAGGCAGAAGUGAAGUGUUUUGGAAAAUGGGCAAGAAUAACCAAAGUGCACUGCUAUAUGGAACUCUGAGCUGUGAGGCGCCUCAGGACGGGGAUUCUACCCGAAGUGGGUACUGUGCAAUGAUAUCCAGGAUUCCAAGGAGUGCUUUUGAGAGGAAGAUGUCUUAUGAUUGGUCCCAGUUCAAUACUCUGUAUCUCCGUGUACAUGGGGAUGGUCGGCCUUGGAUGGUGAAUAUCAAGGAGGACAUAGAUUUCUUCCAGAGGAGGAAUCAGAUGUAUAGUUACUUCAUGUUCACCCGUGGGGGACCCUACUGGCAGGAGGUCAAGAAUUCAAUGCCAACAGUUCUUUUCGUUCAACACUUUAACCAUGUCACUCCAUGGGGACGCUGUCUUGAGCCUUUGGUAAGCCUCAUUCUCCAGGACCACACGGCAGGCGCGACAGCCCUAGGUCCACCCCACCCGGUAAGCUCCCUCCUGGAGGAGACAGAGAUCCAGGACAGCUCUGGGGCAAGGCCGAGGAAGGAGGGACGACGGAGCAGGGAGGCCCGAAGAGUCCCCGCCUUUUGGGAUAGUCGCCACCCUUGGACCCCCUCACCCUUGGGGACGUUGAGGAGUGUUAAAAUCUCCAAGACGCGAGUCACUGGUACGAAGCCACAGCCAUUUCGCAGCUUGUUCGGUGCAAGUGCAGAAGGUCCUAGUAGCCGAGCGUGGAGUCGAGCUAGUGGGCGGCGUUGGGCACCUUCGGCCGCGCCCUCAGCUGCACCCCCCGGUGGGCGGGGCCCGAGCCAGUCUCUAAAGCCACGCGGGCGCCGGCUCCGGGGCUGGUGCUUCCGACCGCUGCGCGCCGCUCCCGGGCUGUCGCAGUCUCCCGUUGCCGCCGUCAUGUCCCGGCAGCUGUCGUGGGCCCGGCCAGCCACGGUGCUGGGCGCCAUGGAGAUGGGGCGCCGCAUGGACGCGCCCACCAGCGCCGCAGUCACGCGCGCCUUCCUGGAGCGCGGCCACACAGAGAUAGACACCGCCUUCGUGUACAGCGACGGCCAGUCCGAGACCAUCCUGGGCGGCCUGGGGCUCGGGCUGGGCGGCAACGACUGCAGAGUGAAAAUUGAUACCAAGGCCAUUCCACUGUUUGGGAACUCCCUGAAGCCUGACAGUCUCCGGUCCCAGCUGGAGACGUCACUGAAGCGGCUGCAGUGUCCCCGAGUGGACCUCUUCUACCUGCACAUGCCAGACCACAGCACCCCGGUGGAAGAGACACUGCGUGCCUGCCACCAGCUCCACCAGGAGGGCAAGUUCGUGGAGCUUGGCCUCUCCAACUAUGCCGCCUGGGAAGUGGCCGAGAUCUGUACCCUCUGCAAGAGCAAUGGCUGGAUCCUGCCCACUGUGUACCAGGGCAUGUACAACGCCACCACCCGGCAGGUGGAAACGGAGCUCUUCCCCUGCCUCAGGCACUUUGGACUGAGGUUCUAUGCCUUCAACCCUCUGGCUGGGGGCCUGCUGACUGGCAAGUACAAGUAUGAGGACAAGGACGGGAAACAGCCCAUGGGCCGCUUCUUUGGGACUCAAUGGGCAGAGAUCUACAGGAAUCGCUUCUGGAAGGAGCACCACUUCGAGGGCAUUGCCCUGGUGGAGAACGCCUUGCAGGCUGCGUAUGGCGCCAGCGCUCCCAGCAUGACCUCAGCUGCCCUCCGGUGGAUGUACCACCACUCACAGCUGCAGGGUGCCCAUGGGGACGCGGUCAUCCUGGGCAUGUCCAGCCUGGAGCAGCUGGAGCAGAACUUGGCAGCGGCAGAGGAAGGGCCCCUGGAGCCGGCCGUCGUGGAUGCCUUUAAUCAAGCCUGGCAUUUGUUUGCCCACGAAUGUCCCAACUACUUCCGCUAGGCUCAUCGUGGCUCAGGCUGCCCAAGGCUUUUCUGUCACCUCUUUUACUCUCUCCUGCUUUGUCUAAUUUAGAACUGCCUCAGUAAAUUCUUAGGGAUGGAAGUAUUUGGACAAAAACCUAACAGUAGAGUCACCACCAAAUGAAGAAUAAAACCUCCCAGGGUGCUGUGUGUUAGUCUGUUUGCGUUGCUAUAAAAGAAUACCUGAGACUGGGUCAUUUAUAAAGAAAGAGGUUUCUUUGGCUCAUGGUUCUGCAGUCUGUACAAGGGGGUGUGGUGCCGGCAUCUGCUCUUGGUGAGGGCCGCAGGAAGCUUACAAUCAUGGCAGAAAGGGAAACGGAGCCAGCGUGUCACACGGUGAGAGAGGGAGCAACAGACAGGGGAGGAAAUUCACACACUGAUGGUGGGGAUGUAAAAUGGUACAACCACUUGGGAAAAUAGUUUGGCAGUUUCUCAAAGGAUUAAACAUAAAAUUACCAUAGGAUUCAGCAGUUCCACUUGUGGGCAAAUAGCCGAGAGAAAUGAAAACUUAUCUCCCCACAAAAAAACUUGGGCUUGAGUUUUCACAUUAUCAUUACUCACAAUAGCCAAUAAGUAAAAACAACCCAAAUGUCCAUGAAUGAAUGAAUGGGUAAACAAAAUGUGGUAUAUUCAUACAACAGACUAUUAUUCGGCCAUUAAAAAAAAAAGAGUGGCUCACACCUGUAAUCUCAGCACUUUGAGAGGCCAAGGCAGGAGGAUUGAUUGAAGACAGGAGUUCCAGACCAGUCUGGGAAACAAAGCAAGACCCUGUCUCCACUAAACAUAAAAAGAAAAUUACUGGGGCCCCGGGGCACACACCUGUAGUCCCAGCUGCUCGGGAAGCUGAGGCGGGCUGAUUGCUUGAGCUCAGGUAUUCAAGUCUGGAGUGAGCUAUGACUGUGCCACUGCACUCCAGCCUGGGCGACAGAGCAAACCCUGUUUCCAAACAAACAAACAAACAAACAAACAGAAGUACUUAAACAUCUACAAUGUAAGUGCACCUUGAAGACAUGUUAAGUUAAAGAAGCCACUUACAAAAGGUUUCAUAUUGUAUGAUUUCGUUUAUAUGAAAUGUACAGAAUAGGCAAAUCUAUUUGAGAGAAAGAAAGUAGAUGACUGCUUGCCUAGGACUGGGAGGAGGUUUGCGAGGAAAUGGAGAUUCACUGCUAAUGAGGACAGGGUUUCUGUUGGGGGCGCUUAUGAAGAUGCUCUGAAAUUGAUUGUGAUGGUUGUACAACUCUGAAUACAUGAAACAGCAUUAAAUCAUCACUUUAAGUAGGUCAA